CUUCUUCAUUUUCUUAUCCUCUCUAACCGCUCCAUCAAUUCAAUAUGAAACUCCAUUGAUGACAAUGACGAAGCUGAUGUGACCGUCUGCAAUCUCACCUUCCUUCUAACACGAUCAAACUAUGGAUUUGCUUAUUCUCCCAAACAGCAACUGUUUCUCUUCUUCCACACUCCCCGUUCGUUCUAGGUUUUCUCUCUCCGUUCGCUUGAGCGGUAGGAAAUAUAGCUCAGUUCCGCCACGCAGAAACUACUUCUGUUCAGCCUCCAGUCCAGAUACGCUUAUUGCAGGUUCCUGUAAUGAAGAACGUAAGCCUCUCGAGGUUACGAGCAAGAAGGAAGAUGAUUACGGAGACUUGAAGUUGUGGAUGCACGAAAACGGCUUGCCUCCUUGCAAGAUUGUUAUCAAGGAAAGGCCAUCCAACGACACGAAACUUAAGCCAAUCCAUUAUGUUGCUGCCAGUGAGGAUCUUCAGGCAGGGGAUAUUGCAUUCUCUGUUCCUAAUUCAUUGGUUGUAACGCUUGAGAGAGUUCUCGGGAACGAAAACGUUGCGGAGUUGCUAACUACAAACAAGUUGUCCGAACUAGCUUGCUUGGCUCUUUAUCUAAUGUAUGAAAAGAAACAAGGGAAGAAGUCUGUAUGGUAUCCAUAUAUAAGGGAGCUUGACCGUCAAAGAGGAAGGGGACAGUUAGCUGUGGAAUCACCUCUCCUCUGGUCAAAAACUGAAUUGGAUUAUCUUACCGGUAGCCCCACCAAGGCUGGAGUCCUAGAGAGGGCUGAAGGUAUCAAGAGAGAGUAUAAUGAACUUGAUACUGUUUGGUUUAUGGCUGGAUCUCUGUUUCAGCAAUAUCCAUAUGACAUACCAACUGAAGCUUUUCCUUUUGAGAUUUUUAAACAAGCUUUUGUUGCCGUACAGUCUUGUGUUGUGCAUUUGCAGAAUGUCAGUUUGGCUCGUAGAUUUGCAUUGGUCCCUCUCGGUCCACCAUUGUUAACCUAUGGAAGUAGCUGCAAAGCAAUGCUAACUGCUGUGGAUGACGCAGUUCAAUUAGUUGUUGAUCGACCAUACAAGGCUGGGGAAUCCAUUCUUGUUUGGUGUGGGCCACAACCAAAUUCGAAGUUGCUUUUGAACUAUGGCUUUAUUGAUGAAGAUAAUUCAUAUGACCGCUUGGUAGUGGAGGCCUCAUUAAGUACUGAAGACCCACAAUAUCAAGAAAAGAGAAUGGUUGCUCAAAGAAACGGAAAGCUAUCAGUACAAGUGUUUCAUGUCUAUGUGGGAAAAGAGAGGGAAGCCAUUAUUGAUAUGCUUCCUUAUUUAAGGUUGGGAUACGUUUCAGAUCUUUCAGAAAUGCAAUCUGUCAUAUCAUCUCAAGGUCCAGUAUGCCCGGUGAGCCCUUGCAUGGAACGUGCAGUUUUGGAUCAAGUUGGUGAUUAUUUCAGAAGUAGACUAGAUGCUUACCCAACUACUCUAAGCGAAGAUGAAUUAUUGUUGGGAGAUUGUAAUUUGGAGGCAAGGAAGCGAGUUGCUACACAGCUUGUGAGGUUGGAAAAGAAAAUGCUAAACGCGUGCUUGCAGUCAACGGUUGAGUUUAUUAACGAGUUACCUGACACGAGUUUAUCGCCAUGUCCAGCACCUUAUGCCCCGGCAUUGAAAUAGCUUGUGACUGUAGUGUGUAGAUUAAUUAGAAAUGGUAUGGUAUGCAUGUUGAUGUUUGUAAAGAAAAUAUUGAAUAAAAAAGAAUAAUAUUUUUG